GUACAGUGUUUAGUAGGUUCAACCACCUUUAAGGCAAGUGCAGUGCUCUAUUUGCAGAAUUUUAAAUUUCGUCAUUGUUUACAAGACAAGUCGUUAGCUCUCACCGCCAUGUUUUCGAUGAACUAUUGUUUAAUAUUGUACGCCUGUUUGAUCUGUCUCAUUGACGGCGGCCUUCCGCCGGAAGAAGGAGUUUGUAAAUCGGAUGCUGAUUGUGCUACAGAGGAAUGCUGUGUUGGUAUCGACCGGAAAAGAUUCAUAUUCUCUCACCCAACUUCCGGUAUAUGCCGACCACUGCGAUACCAGGGUCACGCUUGCCACGUGUUUGCGACACUCGACCCAUCAAAUCACAAUUUGCACGUGAAUUAUUGCCCGUGUUCAGAUGGACUCGAAUGUAGAGGAACGUCCGUGGAUAAGUUGAAUUCAUCAAACAUCAUACACCAUGAUCCAAAAUGCUUACCAAAACAACUUUAAUUGUAUUUGCUGAUGCUUUUUUAUUCUGAUACGAUUCAGACAGAUUAAAAUAUUCCUGUUAA